CCUUAUUCAAACAAGCUGACUGCCUGCUGGAGAGAGAGGAAGGCAAACAGAAACAGCCUUGUUCCCAUUCUCACCAUUUUGCCGUUCUUCAAUCUGGAGGUUCAGGAAGGUGGUCUGUUUUUCCCUGUGGUCUACAGUGGGGUCCAGUCUAAAGGUGACUGUACCGGGAGACAACGCCAGGGACACUGACAGCGUGUGGAGGCACCUGUGUAUGCACUUAGCAUGGGGUCGGAUGAGGCUUAUAACUUUGUCUUCAAAGUGGUCCUGAUCGGAGAGUCUGGCGUUGGCAAGAGCAACUUGCUGUCACGCUUCACAAAGAACGAGUUCAACCACGACAGCCGCACCACCAUCGGGGUGGAGUUCAGCACACGCACGGUGCAGUUGGGCACGCUCACUAUCAAGGCGCAGAUCUGGGACACCGCAGGCCUCGAGCGCUACCGGGCCAUCACAUCCGCGUAUUACAGAGGUGCCGUGGGAGCACUACUGGUGUAUGACAUUGCCAAGCACCUGACCUAUGAGAGUGUGGAGCGCUGGCUGAAAGAGCUCUAUGACCACGCUGACCCCCACAUCGUGGUCAUGCUCGUGGGCAACAAAACCGACUUGGAGACACUGCGGACAGUGCCGACAGAGGAGGCGAAGGACUUUGCAGAGAAGAAUGGCUUGCUGUUCAUGGAGACUUCAGCCUUGGAGUCUACAAAUGUUGAAGCUGCUUUCCACGAUGUCCUUGCAGAGAUCCACAAGAAGGUGGCAAGCAAAGAGGUGACCCGAGGGUCCAUCAGUGCUGUGUCCAUAUCCAACCCCAGCGCCUCGGGUGGGGACAGCCCGGAGGAGCAAAAGACCUGCUGCAAGAACCUCUGAUGGGAGCCAAAGGAUCACUGGAUGAGAGGAACAGGGGGUGUCUUGAAGGAGUCCUCACCUUCGGUGGGCAACAUCUUCACCCCUGUCCAGUGUCUAUGGAAAAACAAAGCACUAGAAAAGCAUCAGUGAAAUUCAACUUUGUGACUGACCUCAUAGUGACUUUUCUUUGAUGUAUAUUACCUGUGGGGUACUUUCAAACCAAAUCUGGUCAAGCAAUAAGUGUGAGCUGCUUUGCAACAAAUUUAUAGAUAAAUUGAUUAUUGUAUUAAUGCCAACUCACACCUGGUGUGACUACUGCUAGCAUAGUAUUUGCUCACCGUUUAGCUUGAUCAUGUUUUGUUUGACAUCCCACAAUGCUUCAUUCUUGGAAAUGGUUGAAUGGUCAUGGUUGGGAUGGAGGGCAGUUUCUCUUUAGGUUUUUAAGUGUAUUAUGGGCCGAAAGCUUUACAAGAGUGCUGCAGAGAUCAUCCAAAAUAAAACAAAUUUUAAUUUUGUUGGUUUAUCAUGUUAUCUCAGCUUUGCACAAAGCAUUUACUCAAGACUAGAAUGGUUCUUACCAAACAUGGUAGGCUACUACACAUUACAUUUUACUGGAAAACAACAGGGAUCAAAGUCAAGCCAAAUUUUAAAUGACUUCGACAUGUUAAAUUAUUUUUAAAUGUUAUUUUAAAAUGUUAUUGUAUUUUUUUCAUGUAAGUUUUCUUUUGUCCUGUGCUUUACAGUGCCUAAAUUAGUCUACAUGAUGCAAUUAACUGCCGAGACUUGCUGUCUCUCUCUGGGCACAGGAAAUGUUUCAUGAUUAUCACAUCUGCAAGUCCACCAGAUGAACAAAUAUGCCAGGAAGUCCUUGAAUUACGUGCAAUGGGGAUGUCAAACGUCAGUAAAAUUAAUGAAGUUGAGGAGAAGGGUCAGGCAAGCUUAUCCCGCCAGAAAAUCUGUCUGAUAUUAAAACGUCUUAGGUGCCGAAUAACUCUCUGUUAGUUAGUUUGCGGCAAACUUACGCAGCUAUUCUGAAUGGCUACACACUUACGUUAAAGAGUUGUCAUUAUUGCCUCUGAUCCCACUUUUGUACUUAGGCUACACAAUAAAUGGAAU